UUACUCACUAAUUACAGGGUGUUACUCCUUUUCCCCCGCGGACCCACGGCGAGACGGAUGUCUAGGAAGUCGACGAGGAGAAAGGGAGCCGCCUUAGGCUCUGAGGGUUCAACUGCCGAGGGGGAGGCGGGACCGGCGAAAAAGAAGGCAAAAGUGCCCCCGGGGGUUACUUGGGAGUGGGAGGGAGAUGGGGGGAAAUGGAGCCAGUUUUCGGCCAACCACUCCCGCCUGCUAUCUGAAGCUCUGAUCAACGGGGACAGUGAUGUCAGUGUUCAAGUGGCUCAGUCGGUCAAAAUGAAGAUCCGUUUCGAUUCGAUGACCCAGACCAACGUUGGUACCGGCUGGCAGAGAAACGUUCGCUGCGCAUCUCCUUCCCAGUCCGGUUCACCCGAUACCCAGACAGUAUGGGAAUGGGAGAACGACCGUGGGGAGUGGGCGUGGUUUCCCCCGGCACAUCAAAGGUUGCUUCACGCCUGCAAGGCGUGCCAUGUGGAUGCCGUAUCCGUGGAAACCACAGCGAGGAAACGGAGCAGGGUCGACUUGGGGUCGAUGACCCAUGAAAUGGGAAGAGGGAAAAAGUUUGGCGUUCGUUGCAGCUCACUGGCUGUGUGGGAAUGGCAGGAUGAGAAUGGGCAGUGGAUGAAGUACGACAUCCAAGCCACCCGAGACCUUGAGAAUGCUCACUCGCAGGUGGGCGGGGCUUCCGUGCGAGGGGCUAGGAGAAAGAACCAGGUGGCGAUCACGACGGGUGGACGAUCGUACACUGUCGACAUCGGCAAGAUGGAGCAGAAGAACAAUGAAACUGGCGUUGUUAGAAAUAUCAGACGAUUAUCUUCAACUGCAAAAGGAUCUUCCAGUGACACGCCCACUUUAGAGGUUGCAGUGGAAACCACGCCCACUUGUACUUCUGAAGCCACGCCCACUGCGAGCACUUCGGCAGGGGCAUCUGCCUCUGCCUCUGUCACUGCCGAAGCCGAAACUGAUUCAGUUCCAGAAUCCGACGAAAAAAACGGUGACGGUCAUGUGACUAGAGAGCUGCAGGGUGCUGGCAUACCAGUCGACUACGUCUGCUCACAAAAAGUUGGAAAGGCACAUGUGUACAGUGAGGACGGCGUUCAUUGGGACGCAAUGCUGAACCAGACGAACCUGAAAAACAACAACAACAAAUUUUAUCUGCUGCAGUUGCUCAAAGACAACAAGACAGGCCACUACAGCACCUGGUUCAGAUGGGGCAGAGUGGGAAAGACAGGACAGCACCAGUUGACUCCGUUCAAGGCCGACCUCGAGAGUGCUAAAGACUCUUUCAGAAAAAAGUUUCAAGACAAGACGCACAACGAAUGGGACGAGAGAGAAUCGUUUGUGAAGAAGGCUGGGAAGUACGACAUGCUUGCCAUGGACUACAAGGCAACAGUUGAAGAGGAGGAGGAGGAGGAAGAGGAGGGGGAAGAAGACGUAGACACGGCUGGAACCGAACCGAAAGUGAAAGCUCCAGAAUCGUGCUUGGACGAGAGAUUACAGGCUCUCAUUGAAUUGAUCUGUGAUGUCCAGGCUAUGGAAGAUGCUGUCGUCGAGAUGAAGUACGACCCCAGAAAAGCCCCUCUGGGUAAACUAACCAAAGACCAGAUAAAGGCCGGUUAUGCUGCACUGAAAAAGAUAGACGACUGCAUCUCUAGCAACCAGUUUGGGGACGAGUUGGUCAAGGCGUGCGACCAGUUUUACACCCGCAUCCCCCACGACUUUGGGAUGAGACGGCCACCUAUAAUUAGAACAGAAGCGGAAGUCAAAGAAAAGCUAUCUCUAUUGGAGACGCUGGGUGAUAUAGAGAUAGCUAUGAGGCUGCUGAACGAGGGAGACAAGAAGGAACAUCCGAUUGACAGACACUACCACGGUCUGCACUGCAAGCUUGAGCCACUGGAUGCAGAGGACGAUGUGGUCCAGUUGGUCAGACAGUACAUUCGACAGACCCACGCAGCCACCCACAUUACAUACACCCUGACGGUCAAAGAGGUGUUUGAGAUGGAGAAAGAAGGAGAAGAUGAAAAUUUCAAAGACAUGGGAAACAGGCAGCUGCUCUGGCACGGAUCAAGACUCACCAACUGGGUGGGGAUCCUGAGUCAGGGACUGCGGGUAGCUCCACCUGAGGCCCCAGUCACUGGCUACAUGUUUGGAAAAGGUGUGUAUUUUGCCGACAUGUGCUCCAAGAGUGCCAAUUACUGUUUCGCGUCUCGUGCGAGGCAAGACGGCCUGCUGAUCCUCUGUGACGUCGCAUUAGGGCAGACUAAUGACCUACUUGCCGCCGAUUACCAUGCCGACCAGUUGCCGAGGGGGAAACACAGCACAAGGGGUCUGGGGAGCGUUGCCCCUGAUCCUAAACAGUCUAAGAAACUUCCUGAUGGCUGCCUGGUUCCUCUGGGGACUAGCACCCAAACAGGAGUCCACAAUCCUCACGGCUACACCCUCAACUACAAUGAGUACGCGAUCUACGAUGUCAACCAGAUUAAAAUGCGGUACUUGGUGAGAGUAAAGUUCAACUUCAAGUGACCUUUUACUAUAGCUCAUGGUAUAUAUACUCAGAGAUUAUAAGAGAUUAUGUGCUAUAUAUUUUACUGCUGAAAAAGAUUUUCCUUAAAAAUGAAUUUUACUGCACUUCUGUUCGAGAGCAGGGCACACAUCAAUACACACUGAGGUUUAAAAUAUGCAAAUAGAGACUACCCGUUCAUCAUUACAGGGAAAGUACGGCUGAAUUUGUGAUUUGAAAGUUUGGAGAAAAAAACAGGGCUGGAGUUUUGAUAUCUUGGCUUUUGGGGGGGAAGAAAUCAGAUUCUCAGAAGUCAAAUUCGUCUGAAUCUGUUCUCUUCCAUUUCGUGGCUUUCCCCUUUCAGUUGGGGGCUCAGGCUCUGAGGUCUUGACGUAGGCAUGUUGUUGAGGAGCGUAUUCCCCACUGCCCACCGAACGAAGGUAGCCUCUGGCCAUACUCUUGGCAUAGUCCACCUUGUCACUUUGGUCUCUCUUGUUGGUUACGGUGGGUUCGAAGUCUUCCCUACAUAUCCUGGCUGGUUCGCCUCCUCUCCCUCUCCCCCUGACCCUGCUUGUGGCAGCGGCAGCCGCAGCAGGGGACGAUGAUGUCAUAUCGACGACAGGCGGAGGAUGGCGCAACGAAGAGUGGGGCUGGUGUCUGGGGUCGGAGUACUUGCUGUUGAAGUUGGUGCCGGGCUUUCUGAGACUCCACGGGGUAACUGUCUCUAUGGCAGUACUAGGAUCUUUCCCAACGUCUCUAUUUCGUUGUAGAGUUGGUUCGGGAGGUGGCAGGACACCGUGUCGGGAGUACUUGUCGGGCUGAGUGAGAGAAAUCCCUCCUCCGCCUCCUCCCGUUCCGGCUCCGCUGGACUGGAGUACGGAGGUCUUGGAACCUGCGUUUCCAGUUGCAGGGCUCGGCUGCUGCGGUCUGUGGUGGAUGUUCUUACGCACGCUCCACACUUCCUGCAGAUGGGCUUCAAAAUCUGUGGUCCCCGUCUGCGGCUUUGAUCUCUGACCGGAGAUGAAGAGCAGUGGCUGUUGGUAAUGAUCAGGGGCUUCCCGGCUGCCUCUUGUCUUGCCCGGAAACGAGAACCUCUUCCCUGCAGAGGUCACAUCGGCCGAAAUCACGAGUACAUCUCAGCUAGGGUCACAAGUAUUCAUUCGUGCAACACUGAAACAGUUAUUUCCUGUGAUCUUCUGGUCUACACCCAACGACUCUAAGCAGCCUUCCAAACAAACUUACUAGUCUCGGCCUCUCCUUCAAGCCUAGUCUGUCGUGCGGUAUCACGGUAUCGCGAGAGAGCAGAUAUGUGUACAAAAGGCCCGGAGCACUGUGUAUAUGCCCGGAUGAGUGGGCGAGAGAUGUGUACCGACUGGCAAGCCAUGCGAGAUA